AGACAAUCAAACUAUAAUUCUUCUUCUUGCGAAAAACUUCUAAGUUUGUUUUAGCGUUAUUAAACCUACAACCUAAGUAAUUAUAGUUUUAUCAUAAGAAAUUCUCUACAACUCAAUACUUUGUGAAGAGUGUGAAUCAAAUGACUCUAUUACAAUUUGAGUGUCCUAGUUUCAGACUUAUCAUACAUACAUGUACCUUCGUCUACACAGACCAACCGUUAUUCAUCAAACAUAACAUUAUUCCACUUUAGUAUUGUCCAAAAUUGAAAACUUAUUUGACCUUUUGGUUAAUCAAGUGGUAAACAAAAUCACAUCCAAAUUGAUUGGACCACCUCGUUAUUGAGUCGAAUUGAAGAAAUGUUUUUCAUAUAUGACAUAUCUUCUAAGCAUAUGUCUUCAUCAGUCCGCCGCAAAUUCAUUACUUUCUUUUCUCUUUUCCAAAUUCUUACAAGCAAAGUGAUCCGUCGUCCCUCCCAAGCAUAUGCUUAUAUAUAUAUAUAUCCUUUCCUUUCCACUUGAAUUUUACAGUAUAAAAACAUCCCCAUGCCCUCCCUUCUUCCUCCCUCGAAAUCAUUUUCCCGCCGGCCCUUCAACAAUCAGGUAAUUGCAUGUACAGAAACUUAUUUACAUGAAUUCUCGCUUCUUCAUUUCCACUUCCAGUUGUCGUUUCGAUCAUUUCGAUACCUUACAACACGUCGUUUUUGGCUGCCUGCUAACAGAUCAUAUUCAUAGGUUCGCAAUGAAACAAAAACACAGUUCCCGCUUGACCAACUUCUUUUCGCUCGACGCAUUUGGAGUUGGACGGCCACCCAACCGGCCGGCGGCGGCGGCUUCCGACGUCGACGUCCGCGAAGAAUACGCCAACGCCUUUCGAACAGAAUCCUACCUCGAGUUCUGGACGCGUGUCUUCACAGUCUCCGAAGGCGGCGGCGGACCCGUCGACUCCACCUCCACCGCCGCAGCUCGGCUUUCUUCCUACAGGCUUUUCGUCGAACACCUGUUGGACCCGGACCAGCCCACGGUCACUCGGGUCCUCACCUCGGCCCAAAUCCCCUCCUCGGCGCAAUCACUCCUGGCCCAAUUCUUCGCCGAGACGGCCGAUGCCUCACGCGCUUGCGGGUCGCUGCUCAAGGACAUCAACCGGGUGCGAACCAGGAUUCGGACCCUGAGAUCCGCUCUCAAUCAGACCGGUUCGACCUACCCGCCCGAGAAGCAGUUUCGGGUGAUGCUGACCCAACUGACCGAAUUCGUCGGCUCCGGAAACCCUUUCGACCGGUCCGCCCCAUCCUCGACCCGGGUCCGGACCGCUCGGGCCAACUGUUCGGAGCUUCUCAAGCCGAUCGAGUCGAUUCGCGAUAGGGCUCAAACCAGCCUGCGGCUUCGAUCCAGGCUGAAGCACGGGUCGGCCAUGUUCCUCGUGGCUCUCACGGCUUCGCUGACGGUCAUAGUGGCCACCCACGCGCUCGCUCUGCUCGUGGCCGCUCCGAGCCUCGUGGUCGCCACCGCCUCGAUCGAGCUGGUCUCGACCGGGAAGCUCGACAAGGUGGCGUCCCAGCUGGACGUGGCUGCGAAGGGGACAUACAUAUUGAGCCGGGAUCUGGAGACCAUAAGCCAGCUCGUCGCUCGUCUGAGCGACGAGCUGGAGCACAUGCACGGGACGGUGGAGUUCUGGCUCGAGCGAGGAGGAGAGACCUGGGUUCGAGCCGCCAAGGGGGAGGUGUGGCGGGAGCUCAAGAAGAGCGAGUGUGGUUUCAGCCAGCAGCUUGAUGAGCUAGAGGAGCAUUUGUAUCUGUGCUUCAUGACUAUAAACCGAGCUAGAAACCUUGUUGUGAAGGAGAUUUUGGGUCCGGUUCAACCCAACCGAUCAUCAGCACCGAACAUUCUAACAAAGUAGUGCUUUUUUUUCUUCUUUUUACCUUCUUCUUUUGCUAUAAACAUAAAUAAAUACAUGUACCUUCUCUCGACAUUUCAAAGCAGCGACAUCAGUAAUAAAGCUUAAAGAGAGUCGAUUAGAUCCUAUACCAUUUGUCCUCUCUAUAGAGAACAGUUUAGUGUUCAUAGGGAUUAGGGAUACUAGAAUUGUAAUCUCUAGUUUCUCGAUAAUGAAAGAUGAAAUUGGUGUUUCUCAACAAAAAAAAAAAAUGAAAUUGGUUGUUUAUAGGGUUGGCGUUGCUCCAUAGAGCUUUGAUGAGUUGUUGGGCCUGGAAGCAAGCCCAUUCCAAAAUCCAACAAUGUCUAACAUGCUUAUUUCAAUUAUAAGGCAAUAAUGUGGUGAUUGAUUGCAUCAUCUUCUUAUUAUGAAAAAUCAGUAAAUUGAUCUCUAUGAAUCAUGAAAAUGAAAGUUUAUUGUGUGACUAUUUAGCUAUUAUUUUGUAAGAUCGAUUGUGAUGAGGUGCUAAUCACUAAUAUCGACGAUAGUUAAAACACCCAAAAAAAGUAUUUAGUAUGCAGAUGGCCUACAUGCGCGUGGGGAUGGCAAAAGUAUUCAUACCCGUGGAUAUAUUUUCCUGAAUCAGACCUAAUCAGGUAAGUUGAAACUCGAAUUCGAAAGAUUUUUAGUGAGUACGGGUAAAACUCAAAUCCUAAUAUUGGGUGUAAUUGAUUGGUAUGAUUUUUUUACUAUCCAACUCGAACCCACCCGAUUAUACAUAUGUGUAUGUGGUGGCAUAGCCAGACUUUGAAUUGAGUGGGGUCCUUAAAAUUUCCGAAACCUAAAGUCUGGGUAUCUAAUGAACUUUGAGUUGACUGGUGUCAGCUAACAUCCACGAGAGUAUGUGGACCUAAAUUCGAAGGAUCAUAUAUACUAAACCUUAUACAUAUCUAAAAGAUUUGGAUGCCCUAUUUUUUCUCAAGUGGGGUCCUAGGACCCCUCUCCUCUGCCACUUUGUGUAUGUAUCUCAUCUAGAAAUUGUCUUUAUUUUCUCAUCAUAUUUGAUAUUUUCUAUACAUAUUUAACAUUUUCAUGAAAUUAUGUUAUUUUCAACUAAUUUAGGGAUUUAUUGUUGUAUUUUCACUCAUAUAAUGCAAUAUACAUGUAAUUGUUAACAUGUUUGUUGAAGUUACGGAAAAAAAAUCAUGAAUGCCCGAAACCCGAACGAGUAUUAGCAUGAUUUCGAUUUCAUACUCAAAUCUUGUAUAGAUAUGAAUGUGGGUACGUAAAAUCUUAACUAAUUUUGAUAGUGUAAUGGAUAUGCACUAUUCGCGCACAACCCGAUCCAUUGCAUCACUACGAUUGAGUGGAAGUGAGAGGGUUUCUUUUCUUUCGGGUUCCAACCACAAAUCGGGACUUUAAUUUUGGGUCAAUUUGUUGUCCAUUGAGAUUAAUUAUUACAACGCUAUUACACUGCUCUUGAACUACUGAGUGCGGACAAUUCAACCAAUUUGGUAACCAGGCAGCGAGUACAAUAAAUGGCGGGCGCAAUUAAUUUGAGGGAACAACCCCACUCCAUAAUUCACAGCGCUUGAAUUAUUAUUUGCUUUGGGGUCGUCUCAGGGCUUAUCUUCUGCACUGCUUAUGGUGGCAAAUUGUCAACCUUUUUCAAUGUGGUAUGUUCUUCGAUCUGGUCUAUCUUACCCGAAAUUAGGCGCAAACUACAUGGUCUGUUCUUUUUUACCCCCCUUGGUUUUUACCAUAUUAUCUGUUUUUUUAUCAAGAUGGACGACAUAUCAUAGACGUUAUGUGGUUAUCAUCGACGAGCAUUUAUCGGUCGAUUAAGAUCGUAGUAUUAGCCACAAGCAUCUUUGCCUAACAUUUUUUUUUUUUUUUUGGAAGUCUUUGCCUAACAAAUUUUUACUCCACGGUACAGAGAAUUGAAGGACCAGCAAUAUUUGCCGCACAUAAGACAUUAACUGAAAAGGGUUGCUUUGGUCCGUUGGGAAAACAAACACUACUUUUGAGGUGAUUUAUGGGGCAUUGCAUUUACUUCGCCAGCUCAAAAUCUGAACCGGCAGCAGCUAGCUUAGGUGAGUAAUUUCCUCCCCCUGGAUGGAUGGAUGAAUGAUGCCGCUGCUCAGGUAAAAUUGGGCUUUGAUUGAAAGAUGUAAAAUAUAGGAGGCUCAACCAAAUGAUAAUAAUGGUAUAAGAUUUGG